AUGAGUAUUUGUACUGCAAGUAGAACCAUGACUGGGUGGGUGCAGAGCUUUCUCCUCAUGGCGGCCUCUGUACUAUCCAAUGCAGAGGAUACCUGUCCUGAUGUGAAAGUGAUUGGCGUGGGGGCCUCAGACAAGCUGACCAUUCUGCAAGGAUGUCCUGGGAUUGCUGGAGUACCAGGACCACAAGGACCCACUGGCCCUGCAGGAGCAAAAGGAGAUGCAGGAGCCCCUGGGAUUCAUGGGAAGAUGGGACCCGCUGGCUUAAAAGGAGAACAAGGAAAUUCUGGGCAAAGAGGGCAAAAAGGUGACAAAGGGGAUCCAGGGGUGCCAGUUCCAGGGACUGCACAAAAUUGUAAGGAAUGGCUGGAUCAGGGAGGUACAAUCAGUGGCUGGUACACAAUAUACACCCCCAAUGGGCUUCCUCUCUCUGUGCUCUGUGACAUGGAAACUGAUGGAGGAGGAUGGAUAGUGUUUCAGAGAAGAGCAGACGGUUCAGUGGAUUUUUAUCAAGACUGGAAUUCAUACAAGAGAGGGUUUGGACGCAAAGAGAGUGAAUUUUGGUUGGGGAACGACAAUCUCCAUCUCCUCACAGCAACCGGGAAUUUCCAGCUCCGAGUGGACCUGACGGAUUUCAGUGACAAGCGCACUUAUGCCUCAUACAGCAACUUCCGUAUCCCUGGGGAGUCUCAGAAUUACACCCUGAGUCUGGGGGGUUUCACAGGAGGAGACGCAGGUGUUUCAGAGAAGAGCAGACGGGUCGUGGAUUUUUUCAGAGACUGGAAUUCAUACAAGAGAGGGUUUGGUCACAAAGACAGUGAAUUUUGGUUGGGGAACGAUAAUCUUCAUCUCCUCACAGCAACAGGGAAUUUCCAGCUCCGCAUCGACCUGACGGAUUUCAGUGACAAGCGCACUUACGCUACAUACAGCAACUUCCAUAUUGAUGGGGAGUCUCAGAACUACACCCUGCAUUUGACGGGUUUCACUGGAGGAAACGCAGGUAACGCCUUAUCUGAACACAAUGGCUAUUCCUUCAGCACUAAAGACAGAGACAAUGACAUUUAUGAGGGCAACUGCGCCCAGCAGUUCAAAGGAGCCUGGUGGUAUACAAGGUGCCAUCUGUCCAACCUGAACGGACUCUACCUCCACGGAGAUCACACCAGCUACGCCGAUGGAGUUAACUGGAGUAUGGGCAAGGGGCUAUAUUAUUCCUACAAGGUUUCGGAAAUGAAGUUUCGCCCCCAGCUUUAAGGAAGGGAGGUUGCAUUAGAUAACAGCAGCCAUUCGGCGAUACUGUCCAAAGAUAAGUUUAAAACCUCCCAGGGAACGUUUUAACUGGAUAAUCACCAAAUAAAUGUCUGUUUCCAAAGCAA